AUGUCUGAGAAUAAGAAGGACUUUAUGUCGCUUUUUGAUUCAAUUGAUAAGAUUAAUUUUGAGAAAGAUACACAUGACUUUCCUGUAGAAAAUAUUCAAGAUGAAAAGACAGUUCUUGAGUUUUUAGAUAAUAUUUCAAAGAAAAGACCUAUUGAAAAAUGUGAGGAGACACAGGAAGUAGAAGAAAAUGUAGAAAAAACGGGGUUAUUAAGUGAAAAUUAUGUAAAAAACGAUUCAAUUGAUGAAAUGGAAAAAAUAUCCAAAAACUCCGAAGAAACAUGGUUUAAUGGGCUUUUAAAUAAUGCUUCAUUUUUUGUUAAGCAGGCAGAAGAAAAAGUAAAGCAGUUUCAGCAGUCAGAAGGGAAAAAAAUUCAAAAACGUAUGUCUCAGUUUAUAGAUAUUGAUACACUUGGAAAACUUGGAGAACAUUUUAAAUCAUAUUCUAUCUCAUCUUUAUCGUCCACGUUUAAUUCUGUAUUAAAUGUAGUUGCACCACCUAUUUCAUUACAUGAAAUAUUAGAAAUUGAAAUAUAUCAUGAUUUAAUAUUUUUUCCAAAGAUAGAUAAUAUAGUAUAUUCGGUAUUUGAUGAGGUUCUAUCACAAAUAGAAAAUGAAGAUAUUGUUGUACAAAAGGGAAAAAAAGAUACUAUAUUUUUAGAGCCUUCUAAAGAGUUUUGUAUAUUUGAAGGAAUUGACGAAGCAAUAAGAUCUGCAAAGUAUCAUAUUGCACCGUUUCUAGGUUCAAAAAAAAAGCAAAUAAGGUUUUCCGAUUCAUUAACUGUAUAUAUAUCAUGCAUUUAUAUAUCUAUUCAAGCGUAUUCGUUUAAUUUAGAAAAUACGUUAAGUGAUACAAAAGAGGAAGAUUUAAAUAAAAAUGAGAAAAUGCUUUGUUUUGUGAUACAUCUAAAUGAUCCUCAAUAUGGAAUUGAGUUUUCUGUUCAUAGUCAGGCAUUACCAAUUCAAUGGAUUCACAAUAUAAAUAAUAAAGAUUCUAAAUUAUCAGAGGAUUAUUUAGAUCAGAUAAAUGAAUGGAUUGAAAAAACAUUACAACUUUCUAUUGGAAUUGUUGCACAAUCUUAUAUAGAAAAACGUGGUAAUAAAAAUGAGUUGCUUGAAGAUAAACCUUUGUCGACAAAUGUGUCUUAA